UGCUGUCAUUGUGACAAUGCCUCCACUCUUGCAUCGCCUACUGAGUACCUCCACUCUCCGCAACCGCAAUCUCCUUUCUCCUCCAUUCCCGCCUCUCUCCUCUCUCCACCUCAGCCCUAAACCCACCCUCCUCUCUCUCUUCUGCCGUUUCCUCUCCUCCUCCCUCACACAAACCCCACCAACCCCAACCCUUCCAUCACAAAACCCCAAUCCCAGAACUAAAACCCCUUUGGAAAACCAAUUCGAGACAUGGGUCCAGAAGCUCAAGCCCGGGUUCACCCCCUCCGACGUGGAAUACGCCCUGUGGUCCCAAUCCGACCCGGACCUCGCCCUCGACCUCUUCCGAUGGACCGCACUGCAACGCGGCUACAAGCACAACCACGUCACCUACCUAACCGUCAUUAAGAUUCUCAUUACCGGCAGGCGCUACCGCAACGCCGAGACCAUUGUCGAGGAGGUACUCGCCGGCGCCUGUGACAUCAGCGUCCCUCUUUACAAUUCCAUUAUCAAAUUCUGUUGCGGUCGAGGAUCUCUGUUUAAUCGCGCCUUCGAUGUGUACAAGAAAAUGUUUAACUCAGAGAACUGUAAGCCCACGCUCGAGACUUAUACGAUGUUGUUGAAUUCGUUGCUCAGAAAGUUCAAUAAGUUGAAUGUGUGUUAUAUGUAUUUACAUUCGGUCCGGUCAUUGGCAAAGCAAAUGAAGGCGGUGGGUGUGAUACCGGACACGUUCGUGUUGAACAUGAUUAUCAAAGCGUAUGCGAAGUGUCUUGAAGUUGAUGAGGCGAUUCGGGUUUUUCGCGAAAUGGGGUUGUAUGGAUGUGAGCCAAAUGCGUAUAGCUAUGGGUAUAUUGCGAAGGGUUUGUGUGAGAAGGGGAGGGUGGGUAAGGGUCUUGGGUUUUAUAAGGAAAUGAGAGGGAAGAGUUUGGUUCCGAGUAGUACUAUUUACAUGACUGUGAUUUGCAGUGUUUCGUUGGAACGGAGGUAUGAGGAAGCGACUGAUGUUGUGUUCGAUAUGUUGGGGAAUUCUAUGUCUCCUGAUUUGUUGACAUACAAAACAUUGUUGGAGGGAAUGUGUCGGGAUGGGAGGGGCAACGAAGCCUUCGAACUGCUCGAUGAAUUGCGGAAGAGGGAUUGCUCGAUGGGUGAGAAGACUUACAAGCAUUUGUUGAAUGGAUUGCAUUAUCUAAGUCGCGAGUAGGCUCUUUAUUCACCAAUCUGAAGUCAUUGAAGACUUGUUACUGAAUACAAGUUCACAAACAUAGCAAGCAUCUAGAAACUGUUGAAUUUGAUGUGAAGUAUCUAAUCCAGUCCUUGGCUGAUUCAUCCCCACCUCUAAAUGCUGCAUAAAAAAGAUGUUUUCUGCAGAGAAAGCAACAUUUUGGAUCUCUGCAACAAAAGUUUUGUAAAAUAGUGUGGCGGGUCUUCUCACUUCUGUUUGCUAGAACUUCCAUGUCAAUAACUGGGACAGUGGAUAGUUCUGAUGAUAUUGGGCAUCCCUGGUGAACUUUCUAAAGGUAUUCGGAUUCUUCUAAGCAAAAUCAUGAGGAGAUUAGCAUGUUGAUUUGAUUUCUUGCAUCCUUGUAGUCAUGUUCGAUCAAAACAAAUAUUACUGUAUAGGAUCUUCUUAUUUCUGAUAGAACGCUUUUUUUUUUCUUUUUUUUUAAUUAAAUUUUCUUCUUGCUGCAAUUCGUAUGGAAUUGGACUAUAAUUGUAGAAAUUGCUAGCUAGGAUUGUGGACUCUUGAUGCCUUUCUCCAGAAAAAAGAAGAAGAAUCAACUAGCUGAAUCUCUUGAAGAUUAGUUGGAAGUUUUAAAGAUUUUGUAUAACGUAUAUCUAAGGUUCAUUUUUAUAGAAAUGUCCAUCCCCCACCCUUGUUGAGAAGAGACAAAGGGUUGCACAUCCAUCACUGCCAUGUUUCUCUUCUGAAACAAUCUUUAGCAUUUAUCUCAGGCCAUAGAGCAUACAUUGUAGCAGUCACUAUAAUUCUAACCACAAUGAAGAGAAAAAAUUUGCCUCUAUAGUGGGAGGUCAUUCACCGAAUAAACUUCUUUUCAAAUAUUAAACCAAAUACUUGCUUGGCAUGGGCAACAAACAAAGAGAAGGGCAAUGGUUUCCUCACGCAACAAUUGCUAAGCAAGGCAGCGGAAGAAUUUGGAUUUGAUCAUCCAAUGGGUGGUCUCACAAUUUCCUGCAGAUAUCUUCAUAAAUCUUACUUCAUGAAUUGUUGUAAUAAGCCCCAAUAAAAUAAAACAAGCAGUGAAAAUCUUGUAAACCCACGUAUAUUGUUUAUUUUACUUGUAGAAUCAUUCGCAAUUUCUUUUACACUUAACAAAUCUAUUUUACUAUUCUCUGAGAGUGCUUUCCACAAGGGGAAGAUGUAAU